AUGGCUGAGAAUAAUGAGAUUCCACCACCCGUGGUACGGUUUGGCGACACUCUUAGGUCGGGAAUUGAGCACCCGGGGGAGUUCGCUUAUGCAAACGACAACGUCAACAUUCCACCUCACUACAUUAGUUUGGUGAAUGGAGGAAAUCUUUUCCACGGAUGGGAUGAAGAAGAUCCGGUGAGCCACCUCAAUGCCUUUUAUGAGCUGACAAACUCGCAUAGACCUCCAAAUGUGGAGCAUCAUCGGAUUAAUAGGGCCCUAUUUCCGUUCUCGUUGAGGGAGAACGCAAGAGCGUGGUAUGACUCACUCCCGGGCUACAACAUAGCAACGUUCCAAGAGUUGAAGACGUUGUUCCUCUUGGAAUACAACUCUCCAAUGAAGAUUGAGAAAUUGAGAGAGGAAAUCACUUCAUUCCGCCAGAAGUAUGACGAGUCCUUCGCGGAAGCAUGGAAGAGAUUCACAGAGUUGAUAAGGAAAUGUCCAAGUCACGGACUAGCUCCGGGGCAUGACCUUUUGAAAUUCUACAAGGGACUCAACAGUGAAGGCACGGGAUUGGUGACUGCAGGUUCGAAUGGGAACCUAGAUGAUCUAACUCACGAUGAGGUGAGGGCUUUGUUUCAAAGGCUGGCCAACAAUCAACGGAAUUGGCACAAUCCAAGGCGAGGGGCUGAUAGAGCAGGAGAUACAUUUGGUGCUACAAAGGAUGCGGAAAGAGUGACCGCAAUUGAGGCUCAACUGGCGGACAUUAGCACUCAAAUGUCGUCGAUGACAAAGGCAGUUAAAUCCCUUCAACUGACUCCUCAACCCCAAGCUGUGACGGUGAUGAGAUGUGGACUGUGCCAAGGUGGACACCAUACGGAUCAAUGUCCAAGUCUUCAAGGGCCACCAACGGAGGAUGUGAACUACAUUGGUAACAAUCAUCAAGGGUUCAACCAAGGCAAUCAAUACAACAAUCAGCAGAAUUGGAGGCCUCAACAAGCAACCUGGAAUCAAGCUGAGAAGACGGUGGAAAAGUUUGGACAGAUGGAAGCUACAAUGAGGAACCUCGAGACUCAAAUUGGGCAGAUUGCUACAGCAUCUCACACAAGAAUUCCUAAUGCUAUCCCGAGUGAUACGGUGCCCAAUCCUAAAGGUUUUGAACAGUGCAAGGCAGUUAAGUUAAGAAGUGGAAAGGAUCUUGAGUCUCCAAUCAUGCUAGAUGCACAAAAUGGCUCGAACAUCUUGCACGCAGGGGCGGACAAGUUGUUUGGCUCACAAACCUCGCACGCAGGGGCGGACGAGGGGAUUGAGUGGGCUACUACCGAAGCUAGGGAAGGUCAACAAGAAAAAGAAGAGUCAACCAUGAGUGAUAUCCACAAGAAGAAUCCACUAAGUCCGGCAAUGGACCCGAAGUGUCCAUUUAAUUUUCCAGAUUUUAUCCCGCCACCACCUUUCCCAGUCGAGAAUAAGAAGAAGGGUAGGAAAAUAAUUCAAGAGAAAGGACUCGAUUGGAUGAUGAACAUUAUCAGGAAAGUUAAUGUAGAUGUGUCCCUGGUGGAUUUGUUCCUACACUUUCCUAAAUUCUCCAAGUUUUUUAAGGAUCUUAUUGCGAAAAAGGAGAAGAUACAAGACGAUGGUGUGGUGAUAUUGAGCGCAUUUUGCUCACAAUUUGUGAAGGGAAAGAUGCCGGCAAAGAGAAGAGACCCUGGAAGCUGUGUGAUCCCAUGUGAGAUGGGAGAUAAGGAGUUCCCAAAGUGCCUACUUGAUCAAGGCUCGGGAAUAUCAUUGAUGGCUCUGAAAACCGCACGGUCAAUCGGUCUAGAAGCGAGGAUUGAACCAAUCGACAUUGACCUACAAUUGGCGGAUCGUUCAAUUGUGAAACCAAAAGGUAUCAUCGAGGAUGUCUUGGUGAAGGUUGAUAGAUUUGUACUCCCGGUUGACUUCAUUGUCCUAGAGAUGGAAGAGGACAAGGAUAUGCCUAUCCUAUUUGGUAGGCCAUUUUUAGCAACCGGUGAUGUUGUGAUAGAGACCAAGACAAAUACGGUCAUGUUUCGAGUAGAUGGAGAGAAUGUGGUGAUCAAGCAAGAGAAGGCGGGGAAGCGCCUAUUGGAGCCUGGAUAG